AAAUUUAAAUUUUGUAUUUGAUAGAAUUUUUUUCAAACUGUUUGGUGAACUCAAUUUGUUAGUGCGUGGAUGUACAUAGUUAAUUUUCUGUGGAAGGGAACAGUCCUGUAUUUUAAAGAUUGUCCCAAAACGGACAGGGUUCAAGCCCCCGACAAACACACGUGAGAUGCGCGUGAUCUCUGAAAAAUUAAAAAAUGUAUAAACCUCAUCUCAAUAAAUAAUUAUAAUAGUUAACGGUAACUAUAAUUAGAUCAAAAUAUACUAUCAUUAUCAUCCUACUACUCAUUACUUAAAUAUGGCUAAAGGUGGCCAUUCACAUAGGUCUACUUUGAAGAAUGAACAUAAACCUUUCAAAUCAAAGCAUGCCAGUAAAGGUCAAUUAAAGAAUUUGGUUAAAGGUAAAGUUGAGAAAUCAACUGGAUCAACUAAUAAUAAAGCAAAUAAAGUGUUAACUAAACUUGAAAGAAAGAAUUUAGCUAAACAAUUAAAGGGUAAUAAGAUCUUAGAAACUAAAAUAUCAAGAAAAUUAUUCGAAGGAUCUCAUGGUGUUGAAAAAAUCAUUACUAUCAUAUCUUUAACUAAUGAUAUAUCCCCCGUUGAUAUUGCAAAUCAAUUAUUUAAUACUAUUCUUAAUCAAGAUGAAAAGAAACCUAUUGAUUUCACUUAUCCUUCCGUCAAUAGUUUCACUGUAGAUAGAUUCAAAUCAAAUGUUAAAGUCAUCAUCCCCAAUCAAGAUAAUUUCCUUAAAAUCUUAGAUGCUGCAAAAGUAUCUGAUUUUGUUUUAUUCGGUAUAUCAGCUACUAAAGAAGUUGAAACUGAAUAUGGAGAACAAUUACUUAGAAGUUUAACUGCUCAAGGUAUUGCUUCUGUCAUUGGAGUCUUACCAAAUUUAAUCACUGCAUAUCCAAAAAGAAAUUUACAAUUAGAUAUAAGACAAUCAUUACAAUCAUUCUUUACUCAUUUCUUCCCUAAUGAUGAAAAAUUAUUCGCUUUAGAAUCAGAAUCAGAAAAUUUAAAUUGUUUAAGAACUUUAUGUCAAAAAUUCCCCAAAUCAAUCACUUGGAGAGAUACUAGAGGAUGGUUAAUUGCUGAUUCCGCAAUUCAUUCUCAAGAAAAUGGUACAGAUCAAAUAAUUAUAGAAGGUAUCGUAAGAGGAGCAGGAUUCAAUGCUAAUAGAUUAAUUCAUAUUCCAGGUCAAGGAGAUUUCCAAAUCAAUAGAAUUGAAAAAAUCCCUAAAUUAAAUCGUGGUGAUGUGGAUUUAGAUAUUCCAAGUUAUACUCCUGAUGAAAAUCAAGAUACUUUAGAAGAUUUAAAUCCAGAAGAAAUCGAUAUGGAUGAUUUUGAAGAUGAAGAUAUUUAUGAUGAUGAUAAUAUUGGGAUUAGAAUGGAUGGUAAGAAUUAUUUCGAUGAUGAAGGAACCAGAAAAAUCGCCAAUAGAACAAGAUUACCAAAGGGUACUUCUGAAUAUCAAGGUAGAUGGUUUGUGGAUGACGUAUUAGAAGGUGCAUCUGAUAUAGAAAGUGAAGAUGACGAUGAAGAUAUAAUAGGUCAAGCUGAAGAUGAAGAAGAUAUCCAAAUUGAUAAUGAACGAUCAUCAUCUUCUGUGAAAUUUGCUGAAACCAAUACUGAAUAUGCCCCAACUGAAUUUGAUUCUGAAAUGCAUGUUGACUUAUCUCCUGAAGAAGAAGAAGCUCAAUUACGUAGAUUUAGAGAAAUCGCCAGAGAAGAUUUGGAAUUCCCUGAUGAAGUUGAAUUAUUACCAAAUGAAUCAGGUAAAGAAAGAUUAAGUGCUUUCAGAGGUAUAAAAUCAUUAUCUAAUUGUGAUUGGGAUUGUGAUGAAGAAGAUAUUGAAAGUCCAUCUAUUUGGAAUCGUUUAUUAAGAAUUUCAAAUUAUAAAAUCACCAAGAAUAAAAUUAAUAAAGAUCAUAUUAAAAAUACUCAAAUCCCAAUUGGAAAUAAAAUAAGGAUAUAUUUAAAUGCUCCAUCCUUAAUUUUAGAAAGAUUCAAUCCUUCUAAAGAACCAUUCCCAAUUUAUGAAUUAUUACAACAUGAACAUAAAUUAGCCGUAUGUAAUUUCUCCUUUGAAUCAUGGGAAGAUUAUGAAGAACCAGUUCCAUCAAGAGAAACCAUGAUUGUUCAAUAUGGACCAAGAAGACAAGUGAUAAGACCAAUUUUCAAUCAAAAUUCAAAUAAUCCAAAUAAUGUUCAUAAAUAUGAAAACUUCACUCAUUUAGGAGCAUCAACCAUCGCUACUGCCAUUGCCCCAGUAUUAUUCAAUAACGCUCCUAUAAUUUAUUUCAAACCGGGUCAAACUGAUGGAUCAUUAGAGUUUAUCGGUCAAGGUACAUUCUUAAAUUGUGAUCAUACUAGAAUAACUGCUCAAAGAAAUGUCUUGACCGGUCAUCCAGUUAAGAUUCAUAAAUCAGUAGUUACGGUUCGUUAUAUGUUUUUCAAUUCUGAAGAUAUUCAUUGGUUUAAAGCUGUUCCAUUAUUUACAAAAUCAGGUAGAAGUGGAUUCAUUAAAGAAAGUCUUGGUACUCAUGGUUAUUUCAAAGCUACUUUUGAUGGUAAAUUAACUUCUCAAGAUACUGUUGCCAUGAGUUUAUAUAAGAGAGUUUGGCCUGAAAUUUCAAGUUCAUGGACUGAAUAAAGUCAUUUUUAGUAGUUAUGUUUAGCAUUAUUUUUAGUUUCUUAAUAGGCAUUUAAAAUGUACAUUAGUUUUAAUUUUUUGG